AUGCGCUCCUAUACCCUACCCGCAGCCCUCUGGGCCCUCAGCUUCGCUGCGUCCGUCGCGGCAGAGGCAACCGCCGGUCUCCCGUCGUUUCGGUAUGGAACGCCGCUGCACGUCGAGUGCAUGAACCGUAGCUCAGAAACCGGUGAGCACGUCGAAAACGAGAAACAGGAGAUCCAAUGGUCGUCCUUCCCCAUCUGCGAGGAAACCGGCAAGCCGCUCGAGUUCCAGUACGGGGUGGAAGGCGAGCAAAACUGCACAAUCGCGGCCAUCGACGACCCGUUUUUCCACCUCCUCGAGUUCUACAUCCACUCGGACGCGCCGCUGUCGUGCCGGCUACCGGCCCGCCCCCGGCCGCACGUGGAGGUCAUUGGCGAUAAGCCCUACGAGCAAGAGUACGUGCCCAUCGUGUUCGCGCUGGCGGGCACGCUCCAGCUGAGCCACAUGCACAUCAGCACGCACAUGAACGUGCUGCUGCACACCAUGUCGCCGCGGCGCAUCCGGCCGCGCGAUACCGGCGUGCUCGACAGCGGGGUGGCCUACAGCACCAGCCCGCUGAACCACGCCAAGAACUCGGACACGCACCGCAUCGUCAUCGGCGACCCGCUUCCGCUCCGCUUCUCCGUCCGGUGGUUCCCCAACCCGCAGCUGCCCCGCACCGACGGCACCGUCCAUUGGCAGGGCAUGGGCGGACACAUCUUUGCGAGCACCAUCUUCUACGUCAUGUUCUCCUUCAUCGCCGGCGCCGUCGCCUCGGGUGUCUACUUUUACGGCAAGGUCCUCCCCGAUAGGCUACGGGGUAGGGCGUUGGGUGGCGCCACGCCGCUCGGGCAUGGCACGAGCUCCGGCGUUGGUAACGGCUGGGGUUACUCCAAGAGGAUAGACUAA